UUACUUUAACCUUUUAACCUUUUACCCCCCAAUUUCUUUUCUACAGUUUACUUCUUUCUCCCCUCCCCAGCUUCCGAUCCACCUGUCACCGUCGCAUCCACCGCCGGCGUUGCUUCAGCGAGAAACCGUAAAACGAUCACUUUUACAACCAAGUGAGAAGAAGAUGGCUCGAAGAGGUGGUCGCACCAGCAAACACGAGAGCUCUCAUCGAUUCUUCAAAGUCAUGUUUGGCAAGAAUCACUCAAAAUUUAUGUACUUGCCUCCGCAGUUUGUGCAAAGAGUGAAGCACUUGUUGACUAAUCAAAAAACUGAACUUAAGGAUUCACGUGGGCAGCGAUGGUCUGUAACACUGUCUCUUGUCGAUGGCUCCCUUGCAUUCCAAAUGGGUUGGGAAGAGUUUUAUCUAUACCAUGGUCUCAAAGAAGGACAGCUGUUACUAUUUAAGUACAAGGAAGGCCAAUUUACUGUUCGUAUUUUUGGAACAAGUGCCUGUGAGAGAACAAACUUUAAUAAUGAAAUGCCUGGUCGGAGAAAAAAGCGUAAGAGAUGCCAAGGGACAACUUCAGAAGAUGAAGCACAUCAGACAGCUGGUGUAAAGUCAGAUAUAUCCAUCUCGGCCUCCGGAGAUGAAUCUCAAAACCGUAUAACCAAGCUUGCGGUUGACUUAAGCUUUGAGAUGGAAAACGGAACAUUUGAUGCAAAGAAAGCUGAGGGUGCUGUAAUCAAACUUUUAGACGCUAGUACUGAAACUGAACAGCGUGAUGUCUUUGAUAAUGCAUCAGACAAAGGAUUAUCCUUAUCUAGUAAUUGGGUUCUAGAACCAACCAACCCAGCAGGGAGAGAUGAGGAUGCUCAAAUGGGUGUGAUCGAGACAGAUCUAAUCACAAGAAGGUUCAAUAUUUAUUUUGUAAAUAUCGAGUGUGAAUGUAGUUUAAAAUAUAAGUGA